GCGUCCAGAGCUCAGACUGUCGUAUCCGCAUACACACACACACACACACACAGCUCUCACUCCACACACACACACACACAGACACACAGACACGCGCGGACUCACACAGACUCAGACGAGGCGCGCGCGUACAGUCCUCGCCUGAUUUGCACCAGCGCGCGGGUCAUUUCAGGUUAAAGCCCGGCGCUGUGUCCCGUUCACUGGAGCCGACGGAGAGCGCACUGGUUCCAGUAGGAGGAAUGCACAGGCACUGGGACUCACUGUGAUACCUGGACACGACCUGCAUAUGCGAGCCAGAUAAUCCUAAAUCGUGGUGAUGUCUUCAGUUUGCGUCUUUACACCGAUCAACAGUCCAAAAGGUGUUUCUCUUGGGGAGCUCAGCGGCUCCUCAGUGCUGCCCGGAGUCAGACUUCACCACUUCCUCUGCUAGGUAGGUACCCAGAUGUCUGAGGAGGCUCUGAGGAUGACUUCUUGGCCUUGAACCCCACCAGUAUGUCAGAGCCAGCAGAAAAAUGCUCCCCCCGCUGGAAAGAUGAGGCCAUUCAAAAUGGGUACAUACCAAGUUACCUGGACAAGGAUGAGCUAUGUGUAGUGUGCGGGGACAAAGCCACAGGCUAUCACUAUCGCUGCAUCACCUGUGAAGGUUGCAAGGGGUUCUUCAGGCGGACAAUCCAGAAGAACCUCAACCCAACCUACGCCUGUAAGUACGAGGGGAAAUGCGUCAUCGACAAAGUGACCAGAAACCAGUGCCAGGAAUGUCGCUUCAAGAAGUGCAUUGCGGUGGGAAUGGCAACCGACUUGGUGUUAGACGACAGCAAGAGGCUGGCCAAGCGGAAGCUAAUCGAGGAAAAUCGGGAGCGCCGUCGGAGGGAGGAACUGCAGAAGACGGUGUGGGACCGACUGGAGCCCACCCAGGAGGAGUGGGACCUCAUCCGUAUGGUGACUGAUGCCCAUAUGGCCACGAACGCCCAGGGCAACCACUGGAAGCAGAAGCGAAAAUUCCUGAGUGCAGCGGGGGUGAAGGAAGCUAAGCCAGAGGAAAUUGGUCAAGCAUCCGUGGUCAAUGCACCUGAAGGAAACAAAGUGGAUAUAGAAGCAUUCAGUCAGUUUACAAAAAUUAUCACCCCUGCCAUAACCCGAGUGGUGGACUUUGCCAAAAAACUGCCUAUGUUUUGUGAGCUGCCUUGUGAAGACCAGAUCAUCCUGUUGAAAGGUUGUUGCAUGGAAAUCAUGUCGCUGCGAGCUGCUGUCCGCUACGAUCCAGAAAGUGAGACGCUUACACUCAACGGUGAGAUGGCAGUCACUCGAGGACAGCUUAAGAACGGAGGACUGGGGGUAGUGUCAGACGCCAUUUUCGAUCUUGGCGUGUCGCUGUCCUCGUUUAACUUGGAUGACUCUGAGGUGGCUCUACUGCAAGCUGUCAUCCUGCUCUCAUCUGAUCGUCCAGGCCUGAGUAGCGUGGAGCGAAUCGAGCGCUGCCAAGAGGAGUUCCUGCUGGCCUUUGAACAUUACAUCAACUACCGCAAACACAAAGUGGCACAUUUCUGGCCCAAGCUGCUAAUGAAGGUGACGGACCUGCGGAUGAUCAGCGCCUGCCACGCCAGCCGGUUCCUCCACAUGAAAGUGGAAUGUCCCACCGAGCUAUUCCCUCCUCUCUUCCUAGAGGUCUUCGAGGACUGACCAAUGGAUUUCAGUGUAUGUGUGUGUGUGUGUGUGUGUGUGUGCAUGUGUGUGUGCAUGUGUGUAUGCGUGUGUGUGUGUGUGUGUGUGUGUCAGCGCCUGGGCACCCUGGUGGUCUCAGGGCUGGAACCAGCAGAAGGCCCAUCACAAUGAACUUUCUAUUAGCACUACUGAGUGUCACUUCAUUCCAUAGUUUAGGAGUAGCUCUCUGGUCUAGUUUUGGAUGAAACCAUUCCUUACAGUGCGGGUACAUGUGAAUAGCCUUUUUGUUUUUGUUUUUUUCUGGUUUGUUUUGUUGUUAUUGUGGAUAUAACCUCUCACCUCGGAUUUUACUCUAGGUUUUUUUGUGUUGAUGAUUGUACAGUUGACAUAAUGGUGAUCUUAUCAACACUUGUUCAUUCAGUAGAAACCAUGCAAUUGUUGUAUUUUCCUUCCUUUAUGUCAAAAAACUCAAAAUGGCUGCUCACCUGAUACACAGAGUAAGACAUUGUCAGUGAUCCAUUAGCCUUUUCCCCCACCUGCUUGACUUUAUUGGACCCGCUUGUUGGUUAAUAUAUUAACUGUCAUCCAUCCAGUGAGUGUCUGGACUGUUCAGUACUUUACCCAUUAACAGCAACACUCGCUCCAGUGGACACCACCUCACAGGAAGUCUCUGGGUAGCCACACAUUACAAGGUGAAGUCAGAAUGCUGCAUUCCAGAGCUGUCGGAAAAAUCUGAAUUUUGCAGUCGGAGAUCAGCUCAAGAGGGAGGUCCAAGCAAGAGACAGUAACUUUUCUUGACAUCUAUUUGGCAGCACACACUGUUAACACUACAAAACAAGUGUCUUCUGCUUGUUUUCAGGCCUCCAGAUACAUUUAGCUUUCAGUAAAGUUUGAGCACAUACACGCCAUUUUGACAUGAGUGCUAAUGCAGUAUGCUAAUUGGCUAGCACGCACUAUUAACUACCUGGACAAUAGUAGUUUUGCACUACAACUGCAUAUUCAAGCCAGUGUAAAAGAAGAAAUACACCAAUCUGAUCAAUAAAACAAGACAGGAGUAUAUUUUGAAAAUCACAAGUCAAAUUUUUGAGAUUCAUUUUGGAAGAGCUGGAAACAGCUGGAAACAGCUGGAAACCAAAGCGUCAAAUGAAUGUAAAAAACUUUUGUCACACACUUAAGACAUAUUCAAGAAAAACCUGUUCAGUCACAUGGCUUUGCCUCUGAGAUGUUGUGUGUUCUCCUAAGAAGAGAGCAUCAAACCAAACUCCAUUCAAAAUCUGCUGAUUUAAUCACAACCUCAGCGUGCUGUUGAAACGGUCAGAUCCACAUAAGAGCUUAGACAUGAGCACACUCUCAGUUAGAGUUGGCUGAAGAAAAUAAGGAAUAACAAAAGCCUAAGAGGAGGAUAUAAAGUCUGCUGAACAGAGGAGUGGAAUGACACAAAGGGCUUAAAUCAUAUUGUAGGAGGCGCUAAUGUUUGACAGACUGUAUGUCUGUGAGCACAUAUGUGACACGUGUGUGUUGCUUUCACCAAAGCUCGUUCGUGGUAGAGCUGUAAGGACUUGUUGGAUUUGUUUUCCGAGCACAAAUGACCAAAAAAAACAAAAAGCGAAAGCUGUUAUCAGCUUCUCGAAUGUUCAGAUUUGUGCUUUUCAGACUACUUGUCAGACAGCACAAGACGUGAAGGUGUCGCCUCAGGUUCUGAGAAACCGAGAAGGUCAUGUUCUGGCAUUUUACAGACUCACAAAAAAUGACAAUCAACAAUAGCAUUGGGCAAUGAGUCCCACCCACCCUCCAGUGCUUUAUGUGUCACAAAAGCAGAGCUGCAAUUGUAGAUCAAGAGUUAUAGUUGAUAGACAGACAAAUAAUCAUUCUGAUAAUCAAUUAUCAUGUUGAGGUCAAGCAAACGUGGCUCCAGUCUGUCUUUUGUUGGGAUUUUCUUUGCUGUAUUUGACAAAAACUUAUUAAUCUGUGAAAUUUGGAGGAUUUGUUGGAUCAAAUAAAUUAAUCCAGUUUUAUUUAUAAGCCCCAAUUUACAACAUAAGUCAGCUCAGGGCACUUUGCAUAGUGAUAAUAUAAAGAAAAACCCAACAACUCCCUUUAAGCAACCUGAAGUCAAAAAAAAAAUGUUUUAAAAGGAAGAAUCGUCCAGCAGAGCCAGACUCAGGGAGGACAGCCGUCUGCUUCCACCAGUCUGGGUGAAGGGAUAAAGAAAAGGGUAGCAAGACACAGACAGACACAAAACAAGAGAAUGAUAAAUGCCAUAUAGUCACAGAGACACAGAGGACAAAGCACAAACUACAGGAGAGAGAAGACGAGGUUCAUGACAUGCAGUAGUGACGUGUAGGGAUGGAGGGAUGUAGGGUGAGAGAGGCGAGUCAAAGAGAGUUGCUCAGUGCAUCAUGGGAAAUCCCCCGGCAGCACAACUACGUCCUAACUCAGUAGUCUGACGACUUCCUCUUCAUCAGUGACAAGUAGUAAUUCUUCACUGUUCUGCAGCAUUGCAUGAAUCAAACAGUUUAUUAAGAGAAUAACUGACAUAUUGCCAAUGAAGAGAAUUCUGUUUAGUUGUUUUUUUUCCAUAGCACUGUUGUAUCUGUGCUAAAACUCUAUUUGCGUGAAGAAAUUUCCAUGUUAAUUGUUGUUUUUGCCUUUAUUUUUACAAGCUGGACCAUGACAACACACAAAAGCUGUAAUUUCCAACCUGGGGAUUCAGACUUGACCAACAGUGACGGGAAUGCAGCAGUAGUGUUACAGUGAGCCUGCUCAUCAUUGCCAGAGACUGGUCAGGACUAACUAAAGCACAUAAUGGCACUGAUGUCAUGAAAUGACAAUCAUAUAGUACUCGUUUUUGUGUAACAAUGCCACAUGUUGUGCCAAAACCAAGUGAAUGAUGCCCUCCUUAUUAAACCCCUGCUGGGCUUUCUUAGUGAUAUCAAAACUUGGCUAACUCUGUUAGUUAGUGCAUGCCGCUGACACGCAGUCGUCCCUCUGACUCGUGUUUUAGUCCACGUUAGCAGCUUCAACUAUACAACCAGUAUGAAUUUUCAGUGUUUCAUCUCAGCUGUAUUGCUUCACAGUCCCACAUACAAUAACUUCAACUGUUUGUUCGUUUGUUUUUACGCCUCCCUGACACGGGGAGACUGUAUGUUAAAACAGUGACGUCAUGGUGCUAUGGUGGGUUGGGGCAAUGGCUGAUUGAACUGUAUUGUUAUUUACAUGUUUAAAAAAAACAGCCCACCACCUCUUAUGAUGGCAUGCAUAUACACUAACACACAGACAUGUACAUAUACAGUACAUACAGUAUAUCUGUACACAUACUGCACACAUGCACAUGUAGGCAUGUGCUUGGACAACACAUGGGUCGGACCCCACCACUGUGACCACACGGUGGGAUUUGCAGGCCAAGUGAAAGUUGGCUGACCCAAAAACAGUAUGAUUCAUCAUCAGCAAGGUACACUGAGAGAGCUGGUGAGAUUGUGAAAACGUAGCGCUCUGUCCUUUCUUUUAUUUUAGCCGGUAUGUUCUUCUUUUGUUGUUCUAAACAGCCUGUCUAUGGUAUUGUUGUUUGCAAUAUGAUGAACAUUUGCUUUGUAUAUCUCGCUUUUUCAAGCUUCACACUAUUCCUCAAAGCAGCUUGUGUUUUGUUUGUUUGUUUUUUUUCUCAUUUCUGUGAAGUGAUGCCUUUUUAUCAAAGCAAUAGACUUGCUGCAGUGUUUGAAUGACCCGGACCUCACACACACACCUCGCAAACUGUACAGACUCAAAUAAAUGCACAGACAAUCAGAGGGAGAUAGAUGAAUGGUAAAUGGCGGGGAGGCACCCAGGCUGAAGCGUUCCCCUGUCAGCGUGCCGGGCUGGGCCGAGCCGGGCUGAGCCAGAGCCAUUUAGAAAAGUAGCAUUGGCCACGUUUACAUGCACCCAGUGUUGUCCGCAGUCCUGUCGAGGCCACCGUCUUGUUAAGUUGUGUGCAGGUGCCAUCAAUAAACCUGUCAACAGAGCAGCCCCGGUAGAAGAGAUCCAGUAAAAAUCCACAUCCCGUCAGCGAGUGCUUUAUCUCUGCUUGAUUCAUGACUUGAUCUAAAAUGAUGCGCAGAAAAUGUGAAGUGAAUUCAGCCUUUUGUCACAACAGGGGCUGGCUGAACAAACCUGAUAGAUAUUAGAGUGACCCACUGACUGGUUCAUAGAUGAUCUAAUGGCGCUUUUCAAUCAAACCUCCCAGGAACUAAACUCAGGAACUAAAUGAGGACAUAGAAAGUCCAUUUGGUGCUCUUGUGUUUGCGCUGCCAUGCAUGUCAAGAACCAUCAAGAUUACACAUUAGCAAAUUAGACCUAGAAAAAAACAUGAAAAUAAUCAUCAAUAUUAAAGUGAAUUGCUCUUUGCUAAGCGCUGGUCUGCCAGGAACAGCUACGACUGGUCAUCAUUCUGACUGAAAGCUGUACAUGUGCUGUAGCCGGUAGAGACCUGAUGCUGUUUUCCUCUGCAGUAGCUCAGGGUCUGUGUGAAGGCAGCCUGAACCUUUGUCAAUCUUUCUAAACCCUCUUUCAGGGGAGAAAAAAGUAGUUGGAGAAGACAAACAAACUCAGAGAUUUGGGGUCAUGUCCAGUAGCUACUAUUAGAAGUCAAAGCUAUUGGGAUGUACAUCCCAAAGGAAACAGAUUGGCUUAAAGGCCUAAUUAGGGGGUUGUUUCCAUUAACGUCGCUCCAGCCUCAAGUUCCUGUUGUGGAGCGGCACCUAUACAGUUCAGUUAAGUCCACCCCGAUAACUGGCUACAAUUAUCUCCUGGCUCAGGAGCAGGGACUACAAGUGGCUGAACUGUGGCCUGUGAACCACAACUAGAGCGAUGCUAAGCUAUCAAAAUGGAAGCACGACUCUCAAGUUCCUCUAAAUGUUUUUCUAAAGCUUCAUCAGUUGGCUUUUGUUGGUGGUGUUGUUGUAUUGGCCACUAAGGAGCAGAACUCCACAACAAGCUGACAGACAACCUUCACAUAAUUAAUUAACAUCAAUAAUUCAUCUGUUUGCAAACAGUAUGAUAGUGAAUAUUUACAUGUUCACCAGACACAGAGCAGCAUCAGUAUUCCAACUCCUGAAGGACGUAUGUAGCCGUUAACCUGCUGGAUGUUCAGAUGUCUUCACAGCUAGUUGCUAACUUUCCCUGUUGACGCUGGGGGCUGGUCAGAUGAAACAUACCGGGUUUACCAGAACUUUUAACGAGAGCAGUGAGAGACAAAGUACUACAAACUAUACAUAUUUAAAAUUACAAGACUAAUUGAAAAAAAAAGUUCUGUGGAGUUGCAGAAGUGAAUAUUAAACCUCUCUGGCGAAUUCUUGUAUGCGAACACUUGACAGUUGUUCGGCGUCCCCGUGGAGGAUGCUCAUGUCUUCAAUCACAGUUAAAUCGCUGUUGACCCGUUAAGCCGACCUCAUCCAAUUCCUUUGACAUUCUCCCAGCGCUUCUUCUUUUCUGUAACUUCUCUUUAGUUUUUGCAAAUCAGGGUUUGUAGCUUAUGUUCAUCAGUGGACCUGCAGUGAGAAGCGAACGCUGCCGACCCUGUAUUCAGCUCAAUUCGGUUUUAUUUGGACAGCAGCAAUUUACGACAAAUGUCAUUUCAGGGCACUUCACAUAGUAAGGUAAGGACCUUACAAGGGGAUUACCAAUACCAAGAAAUGCCUACAUCCUGCUUAUAGGCACUCCGAAUGACCUGAACCUAUGUCCAAGGAUCGGCAGGAUUAGAGUUUCUUGUAACUGAUGAUAAAACGUGACUUUUGAUUAGGUCUAAGUCGUAUAUGACACCUGUCUGUGAAGCCAAUCCUGGAUUUCUCAUAGUCAAGGCAGUUCACUGGUCUCCACAUCUAUCUCCAGUUAGAUGGUGCAUGUAUAUAGCCUGUAACGAGCAUACAGUCCUUACCCUCCAGGAGUCAUGAGGUGGAAAAAAUAUUCAUGUGAAAAAGUGCAGUUUAAUAAACCUACAAGUUGUUGAGCUUAAAUCUGCUGGUUGGAAAGUAUGAGGAAGGUCUGGUUAAAGACAAACUUCAACAUGUCUUUUGAGCCUGAAGCUAAGUUCUAAACUUUAAUGUGAUGAAACACAUCGAUGUUGCAUUUAUACCAAUUUAGGAAAAUCCAUGGUUGAACGUGAUGUCUAAUGUUUUACAUCAUCCUUGACCUGACAAUGCCAAUGCUGACAUACAGUCCACUGAGUGGGACUUCUGUGUGAUGGAACAUUUACAUAUUAAAAAAAAUAACUUAGCUCCACCUUAUCAGAGGUGAGCAGCCCACCUCCCUCAGCCCCCGUCCUCAAGCUGGAGUCUGAAACUGCACUCACAUUUAAAUAUAUAUAACAAACCAGAUUCAUCAUUUGUAGGCGUUCACUAUGUUUUGCUAACAGUCUGCUUCAUGUUUUUUCUGUUUUAUUGCAAUAGCUGGGACUUGUGUUGUAGAAGCAUGACCGGACUGCGUUCUUUCUCUUCAGACUCAAAUUUUACCCUCCGUCUGACUAAUGUCAUAUCAUCACUCACAGACUGCCCCCUUCCUGUCUUGCACCUGCACUGCCUCGGCUCCCCGAGCUCCGGCUUCAGGCUGGAUCUGCUGUAGACAACACACCGACCGAUGAGUAGCUUAAACAACCCAACUUCAAAGAAAUCAAAAUGUCCCUUUAACAAAACUAAUCCUAAAGUCUGGACAGUGCUUUACUUAUUUAAUGGAUUCCAUGUGUGUGAACAGCUGCACUGUUUACCUUCAAACAAUGGAUCUGCAUGUGUUCUAUACAUACUACAGCGGGGGGUCUCAUGCACACCAGAGAGCAUAAUGGUUACCUCCAGCUGCUUUGUGUUUCCUGUUUGACGGGACGACACGUAAAAGUCAAAAGUGUAACCAGAAUGUGCAUAGAACAGGACCAAGAAUUUAAAAUACAAUACUCAAGUACAUAAGGAGCAACAACCGAGUGUCCAGUUUAUUCCUCUGGCACAUGCAUCAGCAUGCUCACACUGCAGCCUUAGAUUUUAGGUCGCAUGCGUACGUCCACAGAGGAAUACAAGAAAACCCUCAUGGACGCUGGUGGAUGACAAAGGUGGAAUCAUUAAAUACCCAUUAAUUUCCAGCUGUGCCUGUUGACAGAUUAAUAUCACUUUAUUAAUAAUUUUUCUUGCUUUAUUAAUCCAUAUGAUUUAGAAAUCAGUUUGUAAUAACAUUUUGUUUAUAUGUGUUUUUUCUACCACAUGACCCCUGGGAAGCUCUGUACAAAGGAAAAGCCAACGAUAGCAGCAGAGUUCUGUCAUCGUGGUAUUUCAGCUUGAUCUAAUCGGAACAUUUUUACCUGUUUUCCACUGAUACUAUAAGAGGAUUGUUAGCUAAAUUAGCUAAACCAUGCUACCAAAACUAUUAACAGUAACCUAAUAGCUGCAUGAAUCUGUGGUCUGUCUGAAGGUAAGCUGACAAAUUCUGGCCAUUUCAAAUAGUGAACAUGUUGCUCCGUUAUUUCCUGUUUUUAUAUGUAGCAGACAUAAAGCCACCUUGUGAAUGAAUUUCUAGUAUUAAAUCCAAUAACAACUUUAGUUCAUAACUCCUGGAACAAAACAAAUCCAUUGUGUCAUUCAGUAGUCACUACAUGUGUCUCGCCUGUCGGGUGCUGAACAGUUACUGUUCAGAUAAUUUAACUGAGCUUUUUGCUAAAAACAGCCGCCUGGUAAAGAAGUUGAUGAGACAGAACCAAAGCUGUAAAAUUGUGCAGUACAACCAAAACAAGGAGCUGAAAGAUGCUGAAAUGUUCCACAGAGAUGAAUUCAUGAUCGUUCUCUGUGGGUCUGUCACAGCGAGUGACCCUCUUCUAGGUCGUCAUUUAUCUCAUUCUUCUUGUAAAAUUAAUACCUAGAGCCGAUUUAAUUUUUAAAAAUACAUUUUGGCCAUAUUACAUCAAAACACAAAUUUGAGCCUGAACUCUGUGUAGUCUGUCAUAUAAAUGUUUAUGUCUUGCAGGAUCCGUACGAACUCGUAUGAACUGUCACUUAACCGUAAUUACUUGAAUGAGCGUAUAUGCCGAGCCGUUGGUGCAUGUAAACAUAGUCAAUGUUGCCUGCUGGUUCAGAAGACGUUUGCUGUUCCUUCAGUGGUGCCAGUAUGCUGUUAUCUCUCCCACGAGUUGUUACUCUUAAGGUUACUCAGUUAUAAACCAAUAACAAGAGUUGCACCAUAGAAAAGCUAUUUUACAGUACAAAGGAAAAGGAUGUAUAUUUUCAGACUGCAGAUUUUUUUUACAGAUGUUGUUAGCAUAAUAGGAACAUGAUAUUGUUUUGCAUAUUGUUAAAAAAAAUACAGUGUCUUGCUCUCAAAUCCAUUUCCACAUCUCUGCAAAAAAAAAAAAAAAAGAACUGAGCAAGACGUAAUGAAUCGUAACAAACACUUCAAUUAGUGCAGCGUUAGUUUUACAAUUUAAAAAAUAAUAAUCUACUAUUACUGUAGCUGGAACCUCACUGCUACACAUGAACACAUUUAGGGACAACUUCUUGGUCAAAGUGUAACCAGCAUCAGAGAGAAAGUCAUCCACCGUCAACACAGAUUUCUCUCCUUGUGUGUUUGAGUGUCUUCUUGUUCAACUCAUCUGUUCAACACAUACUGGAAACCGUCAGAGAGAAAGGGAGUGAGACAAAGUGUAUGUAGGUGUAGGAGUGAAUCUGUGGCAGCAGAAGGAGAGGAUGAAAACAUUCUGCUCCAAAUACUUGCUAUUGUGUAUUUUACUGGAGACCUGGUCCAGUGAUCCACUGUCCGGCUGUGGACGGUGUUCUGACAUGAGCGCGGGGAACUUCCAGAGCAAAUGAUCUUGAUGCUCAUGAUUGACGAUGAUUGCGGCUAAUGUGAAUUGGCUCUUGUGAAUAAAGAUGGUUUUGAGAGAA